CCACUUCCGGCGCACUGAUCCCGCCUGGGGCCGGCUGAGUGGCACUUAAGCGGGCCAUGCCAUGCAACCUUGGGCGCUGCCAACCGUGGGCGAGCUCUGGGUGUGCGGGCGGCCUGGCGCGGCGCUCCGUAAGGCGUGUGUGCGGCGGGGCGGGGACAGAACCGUCCUCUCGGGCUCUGGGCGUGUCCGAGACCGCGCUCCCCGCCGAAAUCAAGCUCCGAGUCAUCCGUGUGGAGCAUUCGUCCUCCCUGGCACAGCUGGCCUCUUUCCAGAAGCCCGUUUUGUUUGUUUUACGUCUAAAUUCGCGUCGGUUCUUAUUUCUCUCCCUGGCAAGCUGUGUCAGCGUGUUAUGAUGCCGUCCCGUACCAACCUGGCUACUGGAAUCCCCAGUAGUAAAGUGAAAUAUUCAAGGCUCUCCAGCACAGACGAUGGCUACAUUGACCUUCAGUUUAAGAAAACCCCUCCUAAGAUCCCUUAUAAGGCCAUCGCACUUGCCACCGUGCUGUUUUUGAUUGGCGCCUUUCUCAUUAUUAUAGGCUCCCUCCUGCUGUCAGGCUACAUCAGCAAAGGGAUGAGGUUUUGCCAUGUUGCCCAGGCUGAUCUCCAACUCCUAGACUCAAGCAGUCCAGGAGUACAGUGGUGUGAUCACAGCUCUCUGCAACCUCGAUCUUCAGGGCUCAGUCGAUCCUCCCACCUCAGCUUCCCAAGUAGCUGGAGUUACAGGGGGCAGACCGGGCCGUUCCAGUCCUGAUCAUUGGCAUUCUGGUGUUCCUACCCGGAUUUUACCACCUGCGCAUCGCUUACUAUGCAUCCAAAGGCUACCGUGGUUACUCCUAUGAUGACAUUCCAGACUUUGAUGACUAGCACCCACCCCAUAGCUGAGGAGAAGAGUCACAGUGGAACUGUCCCAGCUUUAAGAUAUCUAGCAGAAACUAUAGCUGAGGACUAAGGAAUUCUGCAGCUUGCAGAUGUUUAAGAAAAUAAUGGCCAGAUAUUUUGGGUCCUUCCCAAAGAUGUUAAGUGAACCUACAGUUAGCUAAUUAGGACAAGCCCUAUUUUUCAUCCCUUGGCCCUGACAAGUUUUUCCACAGGAAUAUGUAUCAUGGAAGAAUAGAGGUUAUUCUGUAAUGGAAAAGUGUUGCCUGCCACCACCCUCUGUAGAGCUGAGCAUUUCUUUUAAAUAGUCUUCAUUGCCAAUUUGUUCUUGUAGCAAAUGGAACAAUGUAGUAUGGCUAAUUUCUUAUUAUUAAGUAAUUUAUUUUAAAAAUAUCUGAGUAUAUUAUCCUGUACACUUAUCCCUACCUUCAUGUUCCAGUGGAAGACCUUAGUAAAAUCAAAGAUCAGUGAGUUCAUCUGUAAUAUUUUUUUACUUGCUUUCUUACUGACAGCAACCAGGAAUUUUUUUAUCCUGCAGAGCAAGUUUUCAAAAUGUAAAUACUUCCUCUGUUUAACAGUCCUUGGCCCAUUCUGAUCCAGUUCACCAGUAGGUUGGACAGCAUAUAAUUUGCAUCAUUUUGUCCCUUGUAAAUCAAGAUGUUCUGCAGAUUAUUCCUUUAACGGCCGGACUUUUGGCUGUUUCCUAAUGAAACAUGUAGUGGUUAUUAUUUAGAGUUUAUAGCCGUAUUGCUAGCACCUUGUAGUAUGUCAUCAUUCUGCUCAUGAUUCCAAGGAUCAGCCUGGAUGCCUAGAGGACUAGAUCGCCUUAGUUUGAUUCUAUUUUUUAGCUUGCAAAAAGUGACUUAUAUUCCAAAGAAAUUAAAAUGUUGAAAUCCAAAUCCUAGAAAUAAAAUGAGUUAACUUCAAA